AUGGCAUUCAUCUCAAGCGUGGAUUUGAUUUUCAAAUUCUAUAUUGUUUUGUUAUUUGUUGAGUCUGGCAAGAGUGAACAGUUGAUUUAUGAAACCACAGGAGAGGUUGGUGGUGGUAAUAUGACAUAUUACAGUCUGACGCAAAAGGGGUCUAUCACAUUAAUCCUAGAAACAAUACAUGGUGAUGCUGAUAUUUACAUCUCAGAAACAAAUGGAAAGCCUGAUUAUAAUGACUAUGAUUUGCAAUCAGCAACAUGUGGCAAAGAUGUUGUUACAAUACCCAUUGAAUUUCACCGUCCUGUAGGUAUUGGUAUAUUCGGACAUGUGUACCAUCCUCUAUCAAAAUACAGCCUAUUUGUUGUGUCUGAUUACAAUGAAAGUGAAUCAGAACACAACUACUCUCCUAUGAAUAGGGAGAACAAUUCAGAGAAUUGGUUGUUUUGGGCAGUUGUGAACAUUUUAAAGAUAUUGCUUGAGAUUUUGGCUUGA